AUGGAGAUCAUCCCUCUUGUUGGUGAUAUGAGAUAUGAAUCAUUCUUGGACAAAUCAAAGCAGGACAUGGCCUCUUCUUCAGAGUUGGGUGAACCUUGGGAGUUGCCUGGAUUCAAUCAACAUCAUCAGAAUCAAAUGACAAACUGUCACUUCGGUUUCAAUUCGAAAGGAAAUGGAGGAGAAAUCUAA